AUGACUAACUCAGGCAAAGUACCGGAAUUGACAAAUAUAGAUGAUAUAGCAAAUAUAUUGAACCAAAAUGGAUUAUUUACCAGUGAAGAAAUACGCUCUGAUCCUACUCUUAAUAAUACUAUAGAAAAACUUCCAUCUGUUUCCACUACAAAUACUUUCUCUGAGAUCAAUAAUAAUAAUAAUAAUAAUAAUAAUAAUAAUAAUAAUGCUCAAAACAAUAUAGAUAAAUCUACCACUUCAAGUGUCAUUGAAGAUAUUAUAAAUCCUUCUUUGGAUCCAAAUGAUAAUAAUAGUAAGCAUGCCACUAACAUGCCUUCUCCUGUAAAAGAUCUAAUACGCAGAACGAAUAGUCCGUUAGGUAGAUAUAGUAUCCCAAAUUAUAAUCAUAAUCAUACAUUUACUUCAAAUCCUAUUGAUACAACAGGAGCUACUUCUUCAAACAAUAAUAUUAACAAUUUUAAUGAUCUUCUUCCCAAUCUGAAUACCAAUAAUAAUAGUAAUAACAACAAUGGCAAUAUACCUAUGUCUCCAUCAUCCCAUUUACCCUCUUUUAAUUCAGGUGAAUUAUUAUCUUCAAAGAUUCUUUCAAAUCCUUCCAAUAUGCCAUUACAACAACAACAACAACAACAACAACAACAGUCUAAUUAUAUUAUUCCAGUAUUAUCUAAUAGCAAAACAAACAAGAAUAUUAGUCCAACAACCACUAAUAAUAAUAAUAAUAAAAAUAAUACUAUCAAUACAUCAGGACGACCUCAAAAUCAAAAUCAAAAUCAAAGUCCGAAAUCAAGACCUGCUUUCGUAAAUAAAGUUUGGAGCAUGAUUAAUGAUCCAGUGAAUAAAGGAUUAAUCAAUUGGUCGGAUGAUGGUCGUUCAUUUAUCGUUCAAAAUAGAGAGAAUUUCGUUCAUGAAGUUUUACCGAAAUAUUUUAAACAUUCCAAUUUUGCAUCAUUUGUCAGACAAUUAAAUAUGUACGGUUGGCAUAAAGUUCAAGAUGCUAAAUCAAAUUCAAUUUUAACAACAGCAGAUGAUAGAUGGCAAUUUGAAAAUAAAUUCUUCAUUAAAGAUAGAGAAGAUUUAUUAAUUAAUAUAGUCAGACAAAAAAAUACCCAAAAUAAUACAGCUAAUAAUCAUAAUAAUAAUAAUAAUAAUAUCCAAUACACCACACCACAAUAUAAUAAUAAUAAUAAUAAUAAUAAUAAUAGCGCUAUAUCGUUCCAAAAUUUAUACGGUAAACAACCAUUACAAUUAACAAAUAAACCUCAUCAAGAUAAUGAUAACAUGACUGGGCAUGAUCAAAAUCGAGCCUCACACCCAUUACAAAUAGACACAUCAUUUGUAUUGAAUGAAAUAAAUCAAAUUAAAUACAACCAAAUUGCCAUCUCGAAGGAUAUAAUGAGGAUUAAUAAAGAUAAUGAAAUGUUAUGGAAGGAAAAUUUAAUUACAAGAGAAAGGUACAGAAAUCAACAACAAAUCUUGGAGAAAAUUUUCAGAUUUUUAACCUCCAUGGCUCCACAACAUAUUGAUCAAAAAUUAAUUAUGGACAAUAUUUUGAAUACAAAUACCGGUGGUAUAAAUGGAAUCAGUAAUUAUAAUAAUGAUGGUACUAAUACUAAUGACUCCUUAUCGCCAUCAUCGUCGAGUAUUACAAUAAAUCCUAUAUAUACAAAUAAAAUGAAUCAAUCUAUGGAAACCAUUCAUCAUGAUAAUAGUAAUAACGAUCUUACUAAUAAUAAUCAAAAUGAACUCGAUUCAAAUAAUAAUGGAAUCAAUGGCAAUAAUGAUGCAUCAUUUUUUGAUGAAUUUUUCAAUGCGUUCAAUACUACUAGUGGAACAGCAGCCGCAGGGCCAAAUGGAACAACCACCACAACAAAUGGACCAAUUUCAAGACCAAGGUAUCUAUUGAAAAAUAAGGCUAAUUCUUCUAAUGGUUCAUCUGUUGUCUCUACUCCAUAUAAGAAUAAUAAUAGUAAUAAUGAUACUACUAGAAUAUCAGAAAUCCCCUAUGAUGCAGAUGAUGAUAAAGAAAAAGAAGAAGAAGUAGACAGAAGUAUACAUGGACGAGUAAUAGAACAACGAGAUGAAAACGCAAAUAAUAAUAACGGCAAUACUGUGUUCAAUAGAUUACAAAAUGCAAUCAGUGAUCAAGAUGAAAAAAUUCAUUAUUUAGAAGAUUUAGUUCAUCACAUUGAUGGUUCGAUGAAUGUUGGCAACAACAAUCAAAUGACUAACGAUCAUCAUACGGUUACGAACAAAAACGAUUUUGAUCUACAAGAUUAUUUUGAAGGGGCCCAUGAUAAUGUCAGUACACCUGGUGGAUUGACACCAUUAUUGACAGAAAUUCACACUGGUACGCAACCUCAUACUCAUACUGAUACUGAUAAUACUCAUGAUUUAAUGACACCUAUAUUUGCACCAUCUCCUACGAUGACUACUUACAAUAAUCAUAAUAUGUCACAAUUUGUUGAGAAUGGUGCCACAAACAACAGUAAUUAUAAUAAUGAUCUCAAACGUAAUUACGAUUCAUUAAUUGACGAAGUAUCCAUGAGAAGUCCCAUCAUUGAAGAAUUAAAUAGCUCCACAUCAGAGACAUCUCCCGCAUCAUUAUCAGCAUAUCAGCAUAGUCCUAACACUUAUCAAGAGGCAGCAACACGACAAUCACAACAGACCUCACCACACGGAAUUACAAAUACGGCCAAUAAACGUAGUCGUCGAGCAUAA